CGUACGGCAAAAGUGUUGUGUGACAGCAGCUAGCUAUCAGUGACUGGUCAGCUAGCGAGCUUAGCUUGGUGUCCAUCUGCCGUGGUUAUAUUUCAGUAACGAAGAGGAUGUAACGGGUCGAGGUUUUACAUUUGAAAACAUAACAUAAACUAUUAUCUGCUGGCCCGUUUUGAAAGUAGUGUGUUUCGUACGUGCGGCGAGCAGGACGUGGCGAGGUUAGCGCUGGUGUUCAGUCUGUGGGGACACCAUUUUAAGACUGUCAAUGUAUUCAAGCCCCAAGGAUAUUCUGCUCCCGCUAGCGUAGUCGGCUAGCUAAAUGAUAUUAUCUGUACCGUGGAUGGGUUCACCAUAGAGCAUACCCCCCUGGAAGAUAAAGGUGACCAGUGCGCAGUGAACAGCAUGGAUACUGCCGAAGAAGCGGAUAUUUGCCGUGUGUGCCGCUCGGAGGGGACCCCAGACAAACCCCUUUACCACCCCUGUGUCUGUACUGGCAGUAUUAAAUUCAUCCACCAGGAGUGCUUGGUCCAGUGGCUGAAGCAUAGCAGGAAGGAGUAUUGUGAAUUAUGCAAGCACAGAUUUGCUUUCACACCAAUCUACUCCCCAGACAUGCCCUCCCGUCUGCCCAUCCAGGACAUCUGUGCAGGCCUGCUGACCAGUGUGGGCACGGCCAUCCGCUACUGGUUCCAUUACACACUGGUGGCCUUCGCAUGGCUUGGGGUGGUUCCUCUCACUGCAUGUCGCAUCUACAAGUGUCUGUUUACUGGCUCCGUGAGCUCACUUUUGACACUGCCAUUGGACAUGCUCUCUACAGAGAACCUGCUGGCAGAUUGCCUGCAGGGCUGCUUCGUGGUCACCUGCACCCUGUGUGCAUUUAUCAGCCUGGUGUGGCUCAGAGAACAGAUUGUCCAUGGUGGCGCCCCCCAGUGGCUAGAGCAGCACCAGCCACCACCCCCCAACGCAGCGGGACAGCCCAAUGAGGCACAAGUGGCCGGCCAGGGAGCAGCAGAUGAGCCCCCUGUGGCCCAGCCGGCCCCUGCCGAUCCUCCAGCCCAGAACGAGGCAGAGCCCGAGCCACCCGAUGUCCCCCCGGACCACGGCGAUGACCCCGAGCUGGAAGAAGAGGAGGGGGCGGCCGCUGAAGACGCAGAUGCCAACAAUGGAGCACAAGAUGACAUGAACUGGAAUGCUCUGGAAUGGGACCGGGCAGCUGAGGAGCUCACCUGGGAACGGAUGCUUGGCCUGGAUGGUUCACUGGUGUUCUUGGAGCAUGUGUUUUGGGUCGUGUCUCUCAACACUCUCUUCAUCCUGGUCUUUGCAUUCUGUCCCUACCACAUUGGGCACUUCUCUGUUGUGGGGCUUGGCUUUGAGGAAUAUGUGCAAGCCUCACAUUUCGAGGGCCUCAUCACAACCAUUGUGGGCUACAUACUGCUGGCCAUGACGCUUAUUCUCUGCCAUGGACUGGCUGCUCUGGUCAGGUUCCAGCGCUCGCGGCGUCUCCUGGGAGUCUGCUACAUCGUUGUCAAGGUCUCUCUGCUGGUUGUCGUGGAGAUCGGAGUUUUUCCACUGAUCUGUGGCUGGUGGCUUGACAUCUGCUCUUUAGAGAUGUUUGAUGCCUCACUGAAGGACAGAGAGCUGAGUUUUAAAUCGGCACCUGGUACCACCAUGUUCCUGCACUGGCUUGUGGGGAUGGUCUAUGUCUUCUACUUUGCCUCCUUCAUCCUCCUCCUGAGAGAGGUGCUGAGGCCCGGAGUGCUGUGGUUUCUGCGAAACCUCAACGACCCUGAUUUUAACCCGGUGCAGGAGAUGAUCCACCUGCCCAUCUACAGACACCUGAGGCGGUUCAUCCUGUCUGUGGUGGUGUUCGGCUCCAUCGUGCUGCUCAUGCUGUGGCUGCCCAUCAGGCUGAUUAAACUGCUGCUCCCCACCUUCCUGCCAUACAACGUCAUGCUGUACAGUGACGCCCCCGUCAGUGAGCUGUCUCUGGAGCUGUUAUUACUUCAGGUGGUGCUGCCGGCGCUGUUGGAGCAGGGUCACACCCGCCAGUGGCUCAAAGGCUUGGUCAGGGCCUGGACUGUCAGCGCUGGAUAUUUACUAGACCUCCACUCCUAUCUUCUGGGAGAGCAGGAAGACAAUGAUGCCAACCAGCCUGUCAACAACAAUAACAACAACCCUCCCCCAGGUCACCAUAACAACAACAAUAACCCCGCCCCGGCUGUAGGGGAGGGGCUGCAUGCGGCCCACCAGGCCAUCCUCCAGCAAGGGGGACCAGUGGGCUUCCAGCCGUACCACCGACCACUCCGCUUCCCUUUCAGGAUUGUGCUGCUGAUAGCGUUCAUGUGCAUCACUCUGCUGGUGGCCAGCCUGGUGUGCCUGACCUUGCCAGUGUUCACUGGGCGCUGGCUGAUGUCCUUCUGGACAGGAAACUCCAAGAUCCACGAGCUGUACACGGCAGCAUGCGGCCUGUACGUCUGCUGGCUGUCUAUCCGGGGAGUCACGGUGCUGCUGGCCUGGAUGCCCCAGGGACGCACCGUCAUCAUGCUCAAAGUCCAGGAGUGGACACUCAUGAUCCUUAAGACCCUGGUAGUAGCUCUGCUGGUAGCUGGAGUCAUCCCACUGCUACUGGGUUUGCUGUUUGAACUGGUUAUUGUGGCACCACUCAGGGUACCACUGGACCAGACACCCCUCUUCUACCCCUGGCAGGACUGGGCUCUUGGAGUGCUCCAUGCCAAAAUUAUUGCUGCCAUCACUCUCAUGGGCCCUCAGUGGUGGCUGAAGACUGUCAUUGAGCAGGUUUAUGCAAAUGGCAUCCGCAACAUUGAUCUCCAGUUCAUCAUCCGCAAGCUCGCAGCUCCUGUCAUCUCAGUCCUGCUGCUAUCGUUGUGUGUGCCAUACGUCAUCGCCGCAGGGGUGGUGCCAGCCGUAGGAGUGACCCCCGAAAUGGAAAUUCUGAUGCAGAGGAGAAUCUACCCGUUCCUCCUGAUGGUGGUCUCUCUUAUUGGCAUCCUGUCCUUCCAGAUCCGACAGUUUAAACGCCUUUACGAACACAUCAAGAAUGACAAAUACCUGGUUGGUCAGAGGCUUGUCAAUUAUGAGCGCAAAUCUGGGAGAACGAGUUCAGUCCCACCCUCCAACCCUGUCGCAGAGUAGUUUUUUGUGAGAAGUCACCGCAUUUUGCACCUGUAAUCCACGUCUACACCCUAUCCCACCCUACCCUCUCCCUUUCUGAAUUUCAAAUCAGCCCUUGGACCACAAUCCUUCUGUAUCUCCUGUGGAUCUUGGUGGAUUUGAUGGAUGUCAUUCAAUUUGCUGAAUGCCCGCUCACACCCUAAAAAAGGCUAGAUGGGGAAAAUGGAUGAGAAUUACUAGACAACGAAGAAAUCCCCUGAGACUGAAGCAGUAGGCAGGAGAGGGAAGGUUAAAGGUUUGAUUUGAAACUCACGGUCUGUAUUGUUGUUCAUGCCUUGCUUUGUAAAGUGCUGCCUGAGAAUUGUACAUGUGUAAAUACUUUGAACGCAGACUUUGUUGUCUUAAAGAAAAAAAAAAGACAUGAAUUAAUGCAAUGACCAUUGUACAUCUUAAAAGUGUAUGUAUAUUAAUUUAUUAAAUCAAACUGACAAUUUA